AUGCAGCCGGACUGCAAGUUCCAGCGCCCUGUUGCCUGCUGUCUCCCGGUACGCACCACCGCCCGGUGUUCCGCGGUGUCCCCUUGUGCCGGUCUGGGCCUGGCCUCCAUGGUGAUUGUCUUCUUCUGCAACUCCUACUACAUCAUGAUCCUGGUGUGGGGGCUCUUUUACUUGGUGCACUCGCUGACGGACACCCUGCCCUGGGCCACCUGUGGCCAUUCCUGGAACACGGAGCAUUGCACCGAGCUCUUCCACCUCAGUCCCUGCAGCAAUGUCACCACCAACAUCAGUGUUGACACCACGAUCUUCAACAUCAGCUGUGCCGACAUGGCCAACAAGCGCUCACCUGUCAUCGAGUUUUGGGAGAACAAGGUGCUGCAGCUCUCAGGGGACAUCAGUGAGCCAGGGGAGAUGAACUGGCAGAUGAUCCUCUGCUUGAUCACCACCUGGGUCAUCGUCUACUUCUGCAUCUGGAAGGGUGUCAAGUCAACCGGGAAGAUCGUCUACUUCACGGCGCUCUUCCCUUACGUGGUCCUCAUUCUGCUUCUGGUGCACGGAGUGACUCUGCCUGGGGCAAUCGAUGGCAUUAUCUUCUACCUGAAACCCGACUGGUCCAAGCUGGCUGAGGCGCAAGUCUGGAUUGAUGCUGGCACCCAGAUCUUCUUCUCCUAUGCCAUCGGGCUGGGAGCCCUGACUGCGCUGGGCAGCUACAACCGCUUCCACAACAACUGCUACAGGGAUGCCUACCUCCUGGCCGUGAUCAACAGCUCCACCAGCUUCUUUGCCGGCUUUGUUGUCUUCUCUGUGCUGGGCUUCAUGGCUUCUGAGCAAGGCGUGGACAUCUCCCAGGUGGCUGAGUCUGGCCCUGGGCUGGCUUUCAUCGCCUACCCUAAAGCUGUGACGCUAAUGCCCUUGUCCCCACUCUGGGCCACGCUCUUCUUCUUCAUGCUCCUCGUGCUGGGGCUGGACAGCCAGUUUGUCGGUGUGGAAGGUUUCAUCACGGGCAUCCUGGACCUGUUCCCCCAGGCAGAGGCUGGUUUGCUGCGCCGCGAGGUCACCGCUGCGCUCUGCUGCAUCGUCUGCUGCCUCAUCGGCCUCUCCAUGGUCACGCAGGGUGACACACAUGCCGCAGCCGCAGGGUGACAUGCGUGUCAGGGCCACGGGCAGCCACACGUGGGGGCCACCGGACCACUGCCCUGUGGGACCUCACCCCCCUCCUCCGACCAGGGCAUCUUCGUGUUCCACGUGGUGAACUACAAGCCGCUGACCUACAACAAGACAUACGUGUACCCGUGGUGGGGGGAUGCCAUCGGCUGGGUCCUGGCUCUCUCCUCCAUGCUCUGCAUCCCCUGCACCGUCAUCUACAAGCUCCUGCGCUGCAAAGGCUCCUUCCGCGAGCGCUGGCAGCUCCUGACCACUCCUAUCUGGGGCCACCACCACCUGGAGUACCUGACACCCGAGGCAGAAGCCAAGCUGCUGGCCCCAGAG